AUGGAAACAGAGCUCAGCGAGGCCACUGGCCUCCCCAGCGGAUGGCGCGAGCGAUCGACGAUCAUCCUGCACGGCCCGAAAGCUGGAGGGACUCAGACGGUCUUUGAGGAUGACUUCGGCAAGAAGGCGAAUAGCCUCGAAAAGCUGAUGAAGCUGAUUAGCGACCGAACCGGGGAAGAUAUGCAAAAGCUGCUGCGGCGAAGCAUGGACAUCCGGAAUCCUCCAAAAUCGAAGCGCGCGAAAGCUGAGCCGAAAGCAAAGGAGCGGCUUGCGCAGCUGAAAACGGAUGACUGGAGCAACGGCAUGGGUGGAGACGCAGAAGCUGCCAAAGCAAAGGCCAAGUUUUCAGCGCAAGUGAUCAAGGAGGAAGAGGUGGAAGCAGAAAAGGAGCAGCCGGCGCAGCCAGCCGAGAAGGGCGAGGCUCCGGAAGAGAGCCCUGCGGAGCAGGCUGCGAAGGCGGACGCGCCGGCUCCGAAGUCAAGGAAGCGGCGGAAAGAGAUGGAUCCUGGCUACCUGGAUCCCGACACCCUCCUCCCAAAGGGAUGGUCAACGGUGGAGAAGCAGUACAAGACCGGCGGCAGCGUUGGCAAGACGUAUGUUCGCUUCCAGUACAAUGGGACUGGCGCACUCAUGCCUUCUAUUUCUGCGGUCAUGCGUGCGCACCAAGAGCUGACUGGUGAAGACUUGAUGCCCCUGUACAACAAACUGAAGGCGGAGAAGAAAGCGCAGGUGCUAUCACCAGAAGUGCGGAAGGAGAAACGCGAACAGCACGUCGCACUUUUCCGUGAGCGCUAUCCGGCUUUGACUGGGGCCAUGGUCUGCGCUUUCCCAGGCUGGACAGGCGAGUCCAAGCAUUUGCAAAAUUGCGGGCAGAACAGCGCAAACUACUACGAUCCCAGCGGCAGAACCUGGAAGUUGCUAAAGGACAUCGAGGCCCACUUUGGAAAGCUCAUCGAGGAAGGCAAGGAGGAUGAAAUCCCAGACAUCGAGGCAGCGAAGAACUCACAGGCAAAGGAUGAGAACGGCCGCGUGAUCAAUGUUGCCAGGCAGCAAAUUGUGGAAGAGUUCACGGUGGUGCAGGAGUCGGACAAGAAGAAAAAGAAGAAGAGCAACGUGCCUUCCCUGAGCAAGACCAUCGUGGACUAUAGCCACUACCGUCAAUCUCCGCACCUGAAGAUCUACGAUGCUUACAACAUGUCGGAGAAAGAGAUCGAAGCGGAGGAGAUCUCCUAUGAUGGACGGGGCCUACUUCAGGAGGGGAAGAAGAUCCACAAGCUUCUGGUGGAGAGGGGAUUUGCGGAGACGACGCGACUCCUGUACAUGUGGGGCAGCGAGAGGAAGGUCACCGGUUCGAAGGUGAUCCGAAAGCUCACCGGCUGGUACUACGAAAAAGACUCCGGAUCUGACCCUGCGAUGGGCCCCUGUUUCCAGCAGGUGAAGCUGGAGGACAAGAAGAUUCACUGCACCGAAUGCCACAUGUUUCGGAGCCCCCAUAACUUCUGGAAGCUGGGCCGCAUGACCGACGACAAGGCCGGCUGGGCCAUUUGCCAAGAUCAAGGGCGCGAGGCAUGGAACUUGACCAAAGACUGGGAAUUGUACGAGCCGCCCCAGCUUGAGCUGCCGACAGAAACUCCGAACCAGUCAUCUCCGUGA